UUAGUUUUGAAGUGCUGGGCCACAUUUCAGCGCUCGGCAGUUUUGACAACGGUGCUGAUCUCUAUGCCACCUAAAUGUCAAGAGUAUUCUCAAAUAAAUUAUACGAAUGAAAAAAUCUAUGUAUUUCCAAGUUUUGAUGUAAAAAUGUGGUGUCUUUAAAUGUAGUGGCAGGGCUUGCUAGGUCGAGGCAACCCUGGUCAUUUUUUUGUUGGCCGGUCUGGAUGCUCUGUCUGGCAUUUCGUCAAAGGUGGCGCGUGAUGGGUUGUUUGCAGGACAUGGUGGGAAACCAAUCAUACCAUAUCAAAUGCAUUCAUAAACAACGGAGAGAGAGGUUCGAUUGUUGGGAUAAUCUGGCCUGGUUUAUGUGCUUGUUUGCAAGGUGCACAUCCUAAACGAUGCAUUCUCUGUCCACGGGGCAAGGCUGUGGCAGCAGCUCCAGCGCCCUGUCUGGCUCGGUGGUAGAGGUGUGUUUCCCCAGCGCCCAGGCCUCCGUACUGGACAGCCUGAAUCGCCAGCGUGAGGAGGGCCAGCUCUGUGACCUCUCCAUCCAGGUGCAGGGUCAGGUGUUCAAGGCCCACCGCUGCGUUCUGGCUGCAUCCUCACCCUACUUUCAUGACCAGGUGCUCCUGAAGAACAUGGCCACCGUCUCCAUCCCUGCUGUCAUGGACCCACUGGCGUUCGAGAGCGUCCUGAGCUGCGCCUACACCGGCCAGCUGCGCAUGCUCCGUGAAGACAUCGUCAACUACCUCACCGUGGGCAGCGUCCUGCAGAUGUGGCACAUCGUGGACAAGUGCACAGAGCUCCUCAAAGAGGGACGGGUGGGAGGGAGUGGGGGCGCGGCCCAGGGGGCAGUUGGGGGUGCGCAGGGGAACCCUGGAUGCAGCAGCAGCUCCCUGGGGGCUGGAAGCUCCCAAACUGGAGGGAGCAACACCCAGUCAGCCCCUCACCCUUCCAGUCGCCCGUCCCUGAGUGAGAGCCAGUCCCCCAGCAGCACCAACUACUUCAGCCCCAGGGAGGGCACCUUCGGAGUGGGCGCGGCGGCCACCGGAGCGUCGGGGGAAGGAGGCGUGAACUCCACCCGUAGCUAUUGCACUCCUACCGGAGAAGAGGCCUUCCUGAUUGAAGAGGAGGAUGAAGCCGAGGAGGGAGAGCUCCUGUACGAUAGGAAGCCGGAGCGAGGGAGCGGCAAGAGGAAGAAGACGACGCCCAUCGCCGACCAGGAAGUCGGUGUCAGCGACAGCUUUGGGGUGUCGUCCUACCAGGACGGAGACACCUCCCCUCUCCAGAAGCGGCCCACUUACAGCCAGCCCAGCAUCAUGCCCCGGAAGCAGUGGGUGGUGGUGAAGUCGGAGAGGCCCCAGGACGACGACCUGAUCGUGGUGUCCGGAGAGGAAGGGCCCGAUGAGGAAGAGGAGAGAGAGUUGGAGAUGUUGAGAGAGAGGGAGAGGACCUUCAACAUAUCCAAUGUCAGGACUUUAUCGGGAGAGAUAUGCAGCAGAGAAGACCGUGAAAUGGAGACGCAGGUGGAUUACUGCCAGUCUUCUGAAGACUACCUCAAGUUUGACAGUGAUUUGAUGGACCGGACGUCUCCACAGCACCUCCACGACAGCACCGGUCAGAGCGGUAGCAGAGCCGCCUCAGCCCUGUACGGCCAAGUCCAGUCUGCCGCUAGAUCUCAGCUCUUCCCCAUAGACAUGCAAGGCAACCAGAUCCUCUUGUACAGCCAAGCCUCUCUAGACCCCUCUCAACCUCUGGGAAUGGGAGGUGGUAUGGUUGGGGCGUCGUUUAAAGGGCCGAACAUGGAGCACGGGGCGGUCCAUUUGUCGGCGCAGGGGGGUUUGGGUGGCGGCCUGGACGGAGCGGACGGGGGAGGUCCUGGGAGUUCGGGCAAGGUGUUCAUGUGCCACUGCGGGAAGACCUUCACCCACAAGAGCAUGCGGGACCGCCACAUCAACAUGCACCUGGACCUGCGGCCCUUCAACUGCCCCGUCUGCGCCAAGAAGUUCAAGAUGAAGCACCACCUGACGGAGCACAUGAAGACCCACACAGGGCUCAAGCCCUACGACUGCCACGGCUGCGGCAAGAAGUUCAUGUGGCGCGACAGCUUCAUGAGGCACCGGUCCCACUGCGAGAGGCGCGGCGGGCCGGCCGACAGGAGCGAGGGCGGCGGAGUUUCGGACCGCUCUGACGGCAUGUCCCCGCAGCACCUCCCCCAGCUCUACCUGUCGACGCCCGAGGCUGGUCAAGGCGCCAAAAGCGGGACCUCGCUCUCGCCCCCGCAUCAUUCCGGUACAAGCAGCAGCAGUAAUGCGGCGGUCCACGGCCUGCAGGGUCAGGGUUCGGCCACGUUCGGCCUGGGGUCCGGCCGGGUAGGUUGCGAGGAGGAUGUGUGCGAGGUCAGCGCGAACGAUAGCAGUGUCACUUAGCCUAACGGGGUUGACGACAUGCUAGGGUUUGAGUCGAGGGCUUUCGCUGAGGGGUUCCGAUGCUGCGCUGGGACGUUCCUCCCUCGGGAAUGGCCAGGGACCAUUGUACAGUUCAGUAUACUCUUACAUGUCUAGUUUGUCUGUUGGACUGUUUUGUGGCACACGGUGUGUCUGGUAAGAAAACCAAAAAUCGAUAGAUUUUACUCACGAAUGAUUCCUGGACAUAGAGGGUAGUUGUGAGUACAAUAUUAAGCAUUUUCUGUCAGACAACGAGUGCAGUUCAAGUGAUAGUGGUAGAACUGCCAUCUUGUUUCACAGGAUACCUGCCCAGGCCGUCUUCUAAUUCCGUGCUAUGGUAAAGUCAUAAUGGCACAGUAAUAUGGUAUACACUGAUGAGCCAAAACAUUAUGACCACCUGCCUAAUAUGCUGUUGGUCCUUUGCGUGUUUGCAAAAACAAUGCCAACUCGCAAAGGCGUGGACACUGCAAGACCCCUGAAUGUGUCCUGUGGUAUCUGGCACAUUAGCAGCAGAUCCUUCAAGUCCUGUGAGGUGGAGCCGACGUGGAUCGGACUUGUUGGUCCAGCACAUCCCACCGAUACUCAAUCGGAUUUGAUGAACUUUAGUGUUAUCUGCUUCACCUGUGAGUGGUCUUAAUGUUUUGGUUCAGUCUAUGGUACAGUAAUACUACAAAUAUAUCCUAUAUCAGUUACUAAUCUACUAUUACCAUUGAUAGGUGUGGUCAAAGCUGUACAGUGUAUGGUGUGUUUACAAGUGAAUGUCGUCAUGUCAGCAGGAUGUGACAGCAUAAAUCACCUAACAAAAACUGCCAAAUUCUAAUGCAUGCCUUGAUAGUGGUGGAUUACCAUUAAGAGUAGGGUGGCUAAACAAACAGGUCACUCUUCGUUUUGACCCAGGUUUUCCCUUCUAUGAAGGCUGUGGAUAUUAUAUUUUAUAUGCAGAACUACCUGCUGGUUUUAGCAAUUAGCUGAAGUUUUGUUUUGUGAUGCACAUGUGCUUUUUCUGUCAAACAGUUGGUAGAAUUAAUGAUGUUGAUACUGUAUAUCUGAGUCAUGAUUGCCGCACUUUGAAGGAAAUUGUAUUUCAAGUGAGCUUAAGCUAAAUAUAUAAUGACUCAGAUUUGUUUAAAUAGAUUAAUAACAGGGAAUAUAGAACUAUUUAACACUAAUUUAUAUACUUCAUUUGACUGCCUUACUAGAACUUAGCGAUUUAGUGCUCCUGGUCAUUAGCAUUGUAUUGACAGACUGAGAGUGAAAUCUUGACUCCCUGUUGGUGCUUGGCUGCUAUUUGGCUGGGUUUGAAAGGGAAUUCCAUUGACUGUUUCAAGAGGACUAUUCAGUUCAAAAGUUCUUCAUUUCAUAGCAUUUAUAUCACAAUAAACAUUAUCUUUAGGAUGUUUAUCUCAAAGUUCAUACCGUUGUUCUUACCAGCCUGUGUUCAGUUGUCAUCUUUAUAGGACAAAUACCUUUUAAAAAGGGAGUAAUGUAAAGGGGGAAAACAAUUUAAAGAAACCUAUUUGUAACUUCUAAAUAGUGCAUAUUUUUAACAUUUUAUUUGAUAUUGAACACUUGUUGCGUAAGACCGGAGUUGAUGCCCAAGUUGUUAGACAUAACUGUAGACCAAGUACAUUAACGUUACUAAUCUGUAUCUUAAUUAAACAGUACCUGGUGCAAUUUAA